CCAAUGUUUUAGGUUAGAGAAGCUGUCUCAUCUGAUAUGUUCAAAAAUUGAAAAGCCCUCCCUCCUCCUCGAAUCUUGGUCUUCGUGGAAGCUAGUGCAGCAAUAGUGACCCUCCACGAUUUCGCCACCAUUGUUUCUUUCCAUUUUUUUUCUCUUAAUUUCGGAUCACCACACGACCAAUUCUUCAAAAUCUUCCUAAACCCUACCCUCCUCUUCUUUUUUUGGUGUUGGGUUUUCUUUGUUUGACCCCAAAGUCUCUCCCUUUCUUGUUACGCUAAUUUUCUCUUAUCUGCGUCUCUCUCUUUUUGGUUGUUUUCAUCACUCAGAUUCUCCAAGUGGGUUUUUGGCGUCUUGUUUUUGCUUUCUUUCUUCCCAUUUUGUGCAGAUUACAGUUCUCUGCUUGGUCAUUGGGUUUAGAUUGUCUGUGAGCCUCAGAAACUUUAGUCAUUGAACUUGUAUCCUUGGUGGUUUGUUCGAGUUUUGAAAACAUGGGUGAUGGAGAAGACGAGAAAAAAGAGGAAGUUUCAGAGACGAAGAAUAAGGGUGAGCCUAGUGCAGGAGGGAUUGUCAGACCACCCAGUGACGGUUCCUUGUGUGUGACAGAGGAUGAGGAUGAUGAUGAUGAUGAACUAGCGAAGAAAAUCGCGUUGGGCCCUCAGUGCACUCUCAAAGAACACAUCCAGAAGGAUGCGGAUGAUGAGAGCUUAAGGAGGUGGAAGGAACAGCUUCUUGGGGCUGUCGAUGUCAAUGCUGUUGGAGAAUCUCUCGAACCAGAGGUUAAGAUCCUGAGCCUUGCAAUUAAAUCGCCUGAAAGAUCUGAUAUAUUUCUUCCAAUUCCGGAGGACGGAAAGCCUAACGGCUUGUGGUUCACUUUGAAAGAAGGUAGCAAAUACAGCCUUGAAUUUACGUUCCAGGUCAGCAAUAACAUUGUUUCAGGUCUCAAAUACACCAACACAGUCUGGAAAACUGCUGUGAAGGUUGAUAGCACAAAAGAGAUGCUUGGAACCUUUAGUCCACAGUUGGAGCCUUAUACACAUGUUUUGCCUGAGGACACAACCCCAUCUGGUAUGUUUGCUAGGGGAACUUAUUCAGCUAGAAGCAAGUUUCUUGAUGAUGACAACACAUGCUACUUGGAGAUCAAUUACACAUUUGAUAUUAGGAAAGACUGGGCAGCAGCGUAAACGGCUUUUUUGAUAGUCCAUUGUUUUUCAAGGCUGAAAUCUGCUUCAGUAUAAAAAUCAUGUCAAAUUCUUCAUUAACUUUCAAUCCUGUCCGAGGCUGGGGAUCGACUUAAACAACGAUGAGAGGAUGAUACGUGCUUUGAAAAAGAGGGAAAGGGAAAAGUUGAAAAGAAAAGGCUAUUGUUUUGCUAGCUAGAUAUUUGGUCAAUAAAACUGAGCUUUGCUUGUUUGAUAGAUCAGAACACACUUUUUCUCUGUGAUGGAUUAUUGUCUAUGUGAUUGCUUGCCAUAUUUUCUCAUGUUAAUUGAAGCUUUAACCAAUUGC